AUGGCUUCUGUGAUUGUGCGCAUUCUGCUCGUGAAACGAUCGGGGGACAGAGCGGUGAAGACACUCACCCAAGUGUACGAUAUGCUCAGCCAGGGCUCCAUGGCCACUUUCCCCGGGAACUACAGCCUCCUCUUGGAACCUUGUGACAUGCCACUCAGAGCCACGUUGCUGUUGCUAGCCCUUGCCCUGCUGGGGACCCCUGCUUGCUGGGCAGGCUCCAUGUAUGGCUGGGGAGAAGGCAAACAAUUCAGGACUGUUUUAGCCAGAGCGGAUGAGAUCACGGGCAUUCGGUUCUGCAUCGGUCUGCUUGGACUGUUUAAAAGUGUCCAGGUGAAAGUUGGACCCUACUGGAGCAGGAAAUAUGGCACCUACUUUGGGGCCUGCCAUGACUUCAACUUGCGGCCCGGUGAGCACAUUGUCAAGGCAUACGGCACGCACGGGGUUUUCCUCAGGUCCCUGAUUCUGUACACGGACAAAGACCGCGUGGGAACAUUUGGGGCUGAUGUCGGUCGGGGCUUCACUGCGUACCCCGAUGAGGAAGGGCAGGUGCUUGAAGGCUUGUUUGGCCAAAUGUUGGAGAAGUCGGGGUUCCCUCCAAGGACUCCUGCACCCCCAAGGCAGACGCCAGUGGGAGCAGUCAGGAUCAGGGCUGUUCAGAGGAGACACUGGCCCUUCUAG